AGAAUUUUCAGCUACUAUUCGGAGGAGAAGACCUUCGCUGCGACUACGAUCGCAAAACAUACCAGACAUCCGCCGAUAUCUCAGACGAAGCUCAGCGGAAAAGGAUUAAAGGAUCUCGAUGACCACGAUAUUGAUGGUUUACUGUCUAGUCUGAGUAUAGAUGAACUCGAAGACCUCAACAAUGAUUUCGAUCCAGAUAAUUCCAUGCUACCGCCAUCACAACGUUGUCGUGACCAGACUAGUAAAACUCCAACAGGACCAUACAAAAGAGACCAACUUCUAAAAUUCCUAGAGGACCAGGCAAAGAAAGAAAAGGACUGGGAAGACGUUGUACCUUUCUCCCCAGGAGUUAAACGCGGCAAGGUAUGGGAGGGUGAUCAUGGUAGUGAUGACGGAGGAGAAGGGCGGGCAGCUUCAGGAAUCGCUGGAAUGGAGAUGCCAAUAGAACUUGAUUUUGACGACGAAGAAGAUGAUUUCAAUGAAGCUUUGGACGGUGCGCCCGAAAGAGAUCUUGUAGACCUAGCGGGAAUUCUUGGCAUGCAUAACAUCCUGAAUCAGCCGCAGUAUUAUAAUGCUCUAAGAGGAAAACAGCAAGAUGACUCUACGGGUACAACGUUUACGGGUGUGAUCCGUGCUUAUGAACCGAAGGAAACACCCGAUGAACCGGAUAACCAAACUGACGUCGAUGAUUGUAUUAAGAGGCUAGAAGAAAAUGAGCAGGAAAUGACCGAAGUUAACAUUAACAAUAUGAAGCGGGUUUCUAAAGAGAAAAUCAGAAGAUUAAUAAGUGCCGCAUGUGCAAGUAAGCACAUAAAAAAAUUGAGUAUGGCCAAUACAGCAAUUUCGGAUAGCGAAGCAAGGGGUUUGGUCGAACUCAUAGAGAAAUCCCCUUCGUUGAAAGUGUUGAAUAUUGAGUCCAAUUUUAUUACUCCAGAACUUUUGGCCAAACUUCUUCGAUCAACACUUGUCACGCAGACUCUUACCGAGUUUAGAGCUGAGAACCAGCGCCAAGCUGUGUUGGGAAAUCAAAUUGAAAUGGAUAUGAUGAUGUCCGUGGAGGAAAAUGAGACUCUUCUUCGAGUGGGGAUCGCGUUCCAGUCCAUGGAGGCCCGCCAUCGUGUAUCUGAAGCGCUUGAGAAAAAUUAUGAACGAUGUGAGUCUUCAAAAUUAUUGCAGAUAUGA